UCACAUUUCUCAGCACUCAGCGUCUCCCGCCAUCUUCGUCUUCUCAGCAAACACAGAACAGCAAGCACAGCACAGCACGUUCUUUUCUUCGCAUUUUCGUCUCUUCCUCUUUCUUCAAAGCGAGCACUCGGUGCUUCUAUUUCGAGUAGGCCGACUUCACACUCUAAAUUCUUCAAGAUUCGGAAUCUGAAAUUGGCAUACACAUCAAGCAAGCUUCUGAAUUGCUGUUGAUUUAUUUUAAUCCGUGGAAAAGAGCAUGGCGGGUGGAAAUUUCAUAAACAGAGUAGUUUCUUAUCUCGUGAAUGAACUGCUCGUCGAUAGUCUUGCGAACAGCCGUUCGUUUCAAAGGUUUGCGGUGAGGACAUCAAAACAAAUCGAGGAUAUAUCUAACAAGGCUGCACAGAAGAAGCAAGAACUUGCGGAACAGGUGAAAGAUCUGUCUAAAAAUUUCGAGUCUUUCAAGAACCAGUAAUGCAGAAAGGAAUGUGUUAACUGUUACUGCAACAUGAUGUAAAUCCUGUUCCAAAAUUCAAAAUCCGUUUGCUCUUGUAGAUGAAGUUGAAGAUUACCCGGAGAAAUGUUUACAGCCAUCUCUUUCCAUGUAUUAUUGAAUAAUAUUAUUUAUAACAGAACUUUAGAUAUGUACUUGGAGCCUGAUCAGUGAUCACCGGUGCCUGAACGACCAACUUCGUUCUUGCAAAACUUAGUGAUGCCGUGACGUAUGCUUCUGUAACCUGCUUCUUUGCUCUAUUAACACAAUUGGAUUGGAUCAGACUUUUAAGCAUGUCAUGAAACUAAGCGUAGCAAUUCAAUA